ACCCACUACCGACAGAUUGGCAGAUUGAAGGGGCCGAAGUAUUGCGCCGCCUAGGAAACCAACAGUGCUGGAUCUGCGGACUAGCCCAGCACCAGGCCAACGAUUGCGAGUGCGAAGGACGCAUCACAAUCACGGGACCCCGAGCAGAGGAAAUCGCCUGCAGGGCAGCCCAGGAACAACCCAGGUUCAAGGAACCCGAUGAUGAGGAAACACCUCGCACGUUCAAGGAACGGAUGGAGCAACACGAGCGCCUAUGUUGGGUUGACUGCCCAAGACAGUGUGACUACCACUUGAGGAAGCGAGAAGAGACCAGGGACAACGAGGACGAUUGCUGCCACACCAACUUAUGGCAUAACGAAUGUCGAGUACUACAUUGUCAUAUGCACCAGCCAGGAGAAAAAGAAGCUCACGAGGAGCUGUGCUGGAUUAAAUGCACGAUCAACUGCCAAUUCCACAAGGACCAACGACGGAAGGCUAGAAGGGUAGACAACUACUACCAUAGCACGAUUUCCGCGGAAGAAUGCAUAGCCAAGCACUGCAGGAUGCAUAGAGCCCAAACACAGGAGGCACCAGGAGUAAAGCACGACAAACUUCUGUGGACACACUGUAGGAAAGGAUGCAACUUCCACCGACAACAGUUUGAGGAUGCUCGGAAGAUAGACGAUCCCUAUCAUAACAUCCUAUCGGCAAACAUUUGCGAGGCAAUAGAUUGCCCAACUCACAGGAACAAGAAGCUAAUACCAAGGAAGACAGCGAGAAAGGAGAUACCGCACCGCAAUAUCCAUUGGAGCUUCUGCUACAACGACCGAUGUACCGAUCACUACGACGCCAAGUGUGGCGCGGGACGAUUCCCACAGGAACGAAAGAAGUCGCAGAAAGGACGACUCUCCAAGCCAAAAAACUAG